AUGAGUCGAAAGCAUAUUAAGCGCUCGUCUACAUUCAGCGAUCUCUCGAAAGAAUGCUCGGGGGACACAAAUCUCGAUGCGGUUUUGAACAGGUGGACCCUUGUGGACGAGUGUGAAGACCUGAAUCGGCACGAGGAGUUCUGGUUCCAGGAUGGCAACAUUGUGCUGGUCGCAACAAACACUGCUUUCCGCGUUCAUGCCGGUCUGCUGUCUCGUGCGUCGCCUGUCUUCCGGGAGCUGUUCGUCGAUUUCGAGGAUGUGGUGUCAGAGCAGAUGGAUGAUUGUCCCCUCGUUCGUCUCGAUGACUUUGCUGAGGACUUGGCUGCUCUGCUGUCUGUAAUUUACGGAGGGAAUGGCUCAUUCGGACCAAAUGUCUCGCGCGUCCAGUUCUCCUUCGUUGCAUCCUUGAUACGGCUGGGCCACAAAUACCAGAUUAUCGGCCUGCGAGAUGACGCGGUCGCACGACUCAAAACAUGCUUCCCCAGCAAGUUCGAGGAAUGGGACAACUUCGAGAAGCUCCGCAGCUCCUCUAUGACCAUGGAAAAGACAGACGCUAUCACCGCCGUCAACCUCGCUCGGCUCACAGAGAACCAUUCUAUUCUUCCCGUCGCACUCUACGGCUGCUGUCUGCUCGACACUGACACCAUCCUGUUUGGGACAUGCCGUAAGGACGGGAGCGUGGAGAGGCUCUCGCCAGAGGAUACCCGGAAUUGCAUCGAGGGGCAGCGCCGCCUCCUGCGAGCGAACAGAAACGCGCUGACAUGGGUGUUUGAUGCGAAGAAGGGUAGCAUGGACUGUGAACUGCGGGAGAGUUGCAGCAAAAUCUUACGGACGCUGCCCAAGACCGCCCAUAUCGAAGGGAUCCUAGCAGAUUGGCAGGCGCUGCAUCCUUGGACGGUUCAUCUGGACAUGAAUUUGUGCGGUUCGUGUAUAAAAAUGCUAGAGACUAAGGACCUGGAAGCGCGGCGCGAGCUAUGGGUACAGCUGCCGUCUUACAUGGGAGUUUCGGUAGAAGACUGGGCGACGGAAUAUGUGGAUGAGGCCUUUCUCUGA